AUGUCUUGCUUUUCCCUCAGGGAGUUUUGUGUUCCAAUCGCUCAGCACAAUCCCCGCAUUGUCGAGGUCCAUAAGGGUUUUUGUCUCCCUUUCAAAGCUUGGGUAGAGGCUACUCGAGCCCCUCAUCGCAGUCAUGCGAUAAUACUGUCGCUUUUUGCGGCAACUUGCCUGGCAUCACCGGCAAGCAAGCCCAUCGAAGAGAAGGCGCCUAUCAUCCCAGGGUUUUACAUUGUCGAAUAUGAGGAUGGGCAUAUGGACACGGCCACAUUUCGCAACCAGAUUGCAUCUGACGCGCACGUCAAGAUGGAUCUCAACUUUGAGCUAUUCAAGGGCGCCUCGAUUCAGUUCCACGACAAUGAACACGUGGAGGAGACGGCUGCAAAGGUAGCCGAGAUGCCGGCGGUCAGGCGCAUGUGGCCGCAACGCCGGUACAGGAUUCCGGAUUAUGAAGUCAGCUGGGCCGGCAACAUGCCUGAUGAUCAGGCAAAAGCUCUGAUGAGGCGACAGAGCGAUGGCAACGACACCUUUACGCCGCAUCUCAUGACCCAAGUGAACAAGUUGAGGAACAAGGGAAUUGUGGGCAAAGGCAUCAAAGUUGCCGUGAUUGAUAGUGGAGUCGACUACAAGCAUCCAGCACUCGGCGGCUGCUUUGGGCAUGACUGUCUAGUAUCCUUUGGAUACGACCUCGUCGGUGACGCCUACAACGGUAGCAACACGCCCAUCCCCGACAAUGAUCCUAUGGACUGCGGUGGACAUGGAACCCAUGUCAGCGGUAUCAUUGCCGCCCAGACCAACAACCCCUUUGGCAUAAUUGGCGCUGCCACCGGGGUAACCAUGGGCCAAUACCGUGUAUUCGGGUGUGAGGGUUCAGCCAGUGACGAUGUUCUUAUCCAGGCUUAUAACAUGGCCUACCAGGAUGGUGCGGACCUGAUCACUGCUUCCAUCGGCGGGUCAUCUGGCUGGCCAGAGGAAGCUUGGGCUGUUGCUGUCACGAGAAUUGUUGAAAAGGGCGUCCCGUGUGUGAUUUCUGCAGGCAAUGAUGGAGCCGCAGGAAUGUUCUUCUCCAGCACGGCAUCCGAUGCCAGGGGCGCCACCGCCAUCGCCUCAUUUGACAACUCCAUCACGCCUCAGCUUUUGAGUAACGCGACAUAUCGAGUAAGCGGCGGCCAGGAACUUGCCUUUUCCUACACAGUUGGAUCCCCUGCGAAGUGGGCCAAUGUUACAAAACAGCUUUGGGCUGUCAACUUCAACACCAACGACACCCAGAACGCCUGCGACCCGCUCCCGGACAACACUCCGGACCUCAGCAAUUAUAUUGUCCUCAUCCGUCGUGGUACCUGCGCCUUCACCCAGAAAGCCACCAACGUCCGUGCCAAGGGUGCCAAGUAUCUUAUCUACUACAACAACGUCCCAGGAACGGUGUCCAUUAGCGUCACCGCAGUGGAUGGUAUUCUCGCCGCUGCCACCGUUGACGCAGAUACCGGCAAGUCAUGGAUUGCACAGUUGUCAGCCGGUCGCAAUGUGACAAUAGCCAUGACGGAUCCGCUUACCGCUCCCAAGGUCUUGCUCAGCGCACCCAACUCAGCCACCGGGGGCUCUCCCAGUACCUACACCAGCUGGGGCCCAACAUUUGAGGGUCAGGUGAAGCCUCAAGUUGCCGCUCCUGGCGGAAAUAUCUUGUCAACGUAUCCUCUCGCCAAGGGUGGCUACGCCGUCUUGUCGGGAACUUCCAUGGCCUGCCCACUGACGGCCGGCGUCUACGCGCUAAUCAUGAGCGUUCGUGGUAUCAAGGACCCCAAGACCCUUGAAAACCUUGUCGCGUCGACCGCCAAGCCGACACUGUUCAACAGUGGCUCUGGAUCAGCUAGCUAUCUGGCCCCCGUUCCGCAACAGGGUGCCGGUCUGAUCCAGGCCUACGAUGCCGCCUACACCACGACCUUGUUGAGCGUCAGCAGCCUUGCAUUCAACGACACGGAUCACUUCGUGCCCGUGCAGAACUUCACCAUCAGCAACAACGGCUCAAGCUCCGUCACCUACACCCUCUCGCAGCGUGGGGCAGCCACAGCCUAUACCUUCUCGACCAACGCUUCCGACAUCACUCCCGAGGCCUUCCCCAACGAGCUGGUGACCAACUAUGCGAGUCUCAAGUUCAGCGAGGAGAAACUAGAGAUCGGCCCAGGUGGCAAGGUGCAAAUUGCCGUGACUGUAACCCCUCCCUCCGACCUGGAAGCCAGACGCCUCCCCGUUUAUUCUGGUUAUGUGACCAUCAAUGGCACCGAUGGCUCCUCCUUCUCGCUGCCGUACAUGGGAAUUGCGGGUAGCAUCCACGCCCAACGUACACUCGACCCGAAGGACACUUUCCUGUCGAGCAACCAGAUCCCGCGCAACUUCACUGAGGACGACCCGCCGCGCGUCCCGGCCGGACACCAGUUUGACCUACCGCCACCAGGCCAGGCAAACAACACCCAGUACGUCCUCGUGUCGGAGAUGCCUCGCCUGAGCAUCAACCUGGCCUGGGGCACGCCGCUGCUGCGCGCCGAUGUGGUCGCCAUCCGUGGAAACACGACCGAGACCGAGCAGCCAGCUGAAGAGACUGAGGUGCUGGGGCUCAAGACGGUGGGGAGCCUACAAUACUUCCCUCAGCAAUACCAGCCGCGAACGAGGACUUUUGUCAGAUGGGAUGGUAUCCUGGAGUCAGGAAAGUACGCGCCCAGUGGACAAUACAAGAUUGUAUUCAGAGCAUUGAGGGUGUUUGGCGAUAGUGAGAAGACGGAGGAGUACGAUGUUGUCGAGACGGUGCCGUUCAAAAUACGGUAUAUUAACAAAUAA